AUGAAUGAAAAGUUCUAUGGGCGUCAUUUUCCCAAUGCCACAAAAUCCGUUGAAGAGAUCCAAAAGAAAUUUGCCCUAGUAUUGCUAAAUGAUCAUCCUGCAAUAAGUUCUCCGAAACCGUAUGUUCCAAAUAUGCUGGAUGUUGCAGGUUUACAUAUUCCCGAGAAACCGAAACCCUUACCUCAGCAUGUUGGGAAAAUACUAAAUGCCACCAGCCAAGGAUUUAUUUACGUUGCCAUAGGGAAUCCAUACCCCGAUAAUGUGAUGCAAAGAAUUUUGCAACAAUUCCAAAUGCUUAAUCACACAAUUGUUUGGAAUACCAAUCAUUCUCCCUCUGCCAAACUACGGAUACCACGAAAUGUGAAAUUUUACCCAAAGAUAUCUCAUUAUGCCGUACUUGAACAUCCCAAGUGUAAAUUGCUGAUAUCCGAAGCCGGUUUUCUAAGUGUCAUUGAGAGUAUCCAUUAUGGUCUUACCAUAUUAGGUCUCAGGAAUAUCUAUGGGAAACCAGGAGAAUUUUUUGAUGCUGUAGAGAAAAUAAAAACUGGAAUUUCAGUAAAACUCGGACCAAAUUCCCUGAAGGAUAAUCACAUAUACUGGAGUGUAGUGGAACUCCUGCAGAAUGAAAACUAUACAAAAUUAGCAAAAAUCAAGUCUCUGCAAUUACGUGAUCAACAAAAUACACCAAUGCAGAGAGCUAUUUUUGGAAUAGAGUACGUUCUGAGGCACAAUGGAGCUGCUCAUCUCCGUAAUUUGAGACAAAAUUUAAAUUCAUGGCAAUUUUAUAAUCUUGAUGUUUGGUUGAUUCUUUGUUUGGUGGUAUUGACAGUAUUGGCUAUUUUCUACAUGAUUGUGUAUUUCUGUGGAAAGGUUGUGAGAAAAGCGUAUCGUAGAAAAUAUAAAAAUGAUUAA